CAGCUUCGGUUGCUAGGGACGCCCCGCCCCCAGUUUCGGUCGCUAGGGACGCAGGCGUGUAGCGGCGAUGGAUCAGGACGAGGGGCUGACGGCCGUGGACAACAUCGUCACUCAGUUCAACACCUACGAAGACUUCCUGGACUCGCAGAUCACCACGGUGGACCUGUACUACCUGGAGGAUGAAAGCUUGGCCCGCCAGUUGGUGGAGCUAGGCUACCGAGGGACAGGGGAGAUCGUGAAAAGGGAAGAUUUCGAAGCAAGAAAAGCAGCUAUAGAUAUUGCAAGACUGGCUGAAAGAACCCAGAAAAAGGCACUAACAAGUGCUGGUAAGGAACUGCAAGAUAAUUUUCUGAAGGCCCUGGCCAUGAGAGAAGAAGAUAAUCGCAAUGGGAAAGUGAGCACUGUGAUCUUCAUUCGUGACAAAAAUUCUCACGGGCAAGAAGUGUCAGGAUAUAUUGAUUAUGCCCACAGACUAAAAACUGAAGAUUUUGAAGUUUACUUUACUGGAAAAAGAAGACUCCUUCCAAGGCCCACGGAUAUGAGCUUUUACAACUGGGACAAUCAUAUUGCUGUUUGCAACUCAAGUCCAAAUUAUCAAGUGCUUGCUGACAAUCCUGAAGGCUUACUUUUUAAAUAUAAAAGAGACAGAAAAAUUCUCAAUGUUGACCCAAAGGCUCAGCCAGGUGACAACUCGACCAGAAUCCCCAUCCAGACGGAACUCUACACACACGCUGUUCUCUUUGACCACAUUUCCAGAAGGAAGACAUAAGCAACCCAUAGUAAAUGGUUUCCUUAUUGUUUGCUACAUUUCAAUGAAUUCUUUGGUCAGGAGCAAAGUGGAAUCAUAAAUGAGUCGUAUAGCUAGAAGGCAAAUAAGAGUAAUAAAAGUUAACAAAGAAAGAAAACUGUAA